GAAUUAUCAGUUGUGUAUAUUUAUUGUAAAUUUUAUUUUAUAUUGAAAAUUUUCGUUAAACACUGUUAGUGCUGCGUUUAUUUAACUCCAUUAUUUAUUGUUCGUGCCAAGCACAUGUAAUCGUUUUACCGGUUCAUGCAUAUGAAAAAAUAACCUAUAUAAUAUUGUAUACAUAGAGAAAUUAGUGAAAAAUUGUUAUGCAAUUUGGAAUAUUAAUUGAUAAACCGAUUUCUUUGAUGUCAAGUUUUUAAACAAAGAACAAACUAUAAUGGAUCGUACGAGUAUAGGAAAUUCACUAGGAAGAAAUUUGACGUCUCCGCGAAAACGCAUGUCAAUCGUUCAAUCCUUAAGAAAAAAUAAUUCAGCGAUAAGUGUAUCCGGACGAUCGAAUCAGUCAGUACAGAUAAUAUGUAAAACGCCGAAUCAUGUUGUAGAAAGUUUCGGAUCCUCCUUGCCUGUACUUAUUACGGAAGCUUUAACAUUUGUAGAUAGAAACACAGCUGUUAGCGUUAAUAUCUCAAUAGAUGGUUGGGCUUGGCUUGUAUGUGGUCGUAGACUGCUUGUGUGGCAAUGUAAGGCCACUAUCCAUGAUUCAAAACAAAGGAGAACUUUUAAGAGCCAAUGCAGAGAGUUAUUGUUACCUCAAAGUGAUUUAGCUCACAAAGCAGAAUGCAUAGCUGUGUGGUUGCCUCCAGGCCAUCAGGUGCCUAGUUGCAUGGCUGUUUCUCCUGAAGGUAUUGUACGGUUCUGGGUUAGCGUUGCCCAUGAAGGAUCUUCUGUAGAAACAAGUGCAGAACUUGCUGGGCAAGAAGUCGAUUGUCUUACUUAUAUUCCUGGUCAUGGUUGUAUUUUAGCUACAACCACAUGUACAGUAGCAUUGUUACAACCACAGUUUGUAGGUGGUAAGAAUAGUAUCAACUGUCAAGUUCUUAGAACAAGUCAAGGAUGGCUAGGUGGUAUAGGAAGAAGAAUGACUUCUCUUAUAUUUGGAGCUAUACCUCAAUCUCCAGUCACAGAAACUAAAUUAGUAAAAGUUACUUGCACAACCUUAGGAGAUAGAGGAUCAAGGGUUCUUAUUUUAGCUGGCUCAUCUUUGCAAUAUUGGUCUUUCCCACAUAAUGAGCAAGAGAAGAUGGAGUUUGAUGAAGAUAUUGGGUACAUUAUUUCACAAACUUUCCAACGAGAAAUUUGGAAAUCAAGUGCAUGCAACCCACAAAAUAUGGAAACCUGGUUGAUUGAUAUGCAACCAUGUAAUGAAGGAAUAGUUUUUUUAAUGGCAGCCCAUUGUGCCGAUGCAUCACCUCUUAUUGAAUUUGCACUUGGUUUGAUACAGCUAUCUGGUAUAACGUUAGCAAAUACAUUUAAAUGGUUUAUACCAGUUAAAAUUGAUUCCAUUUCGUAUCAUAAUGAUGUUGAAUCAACUUUAGUUUCUUACCAUUUUAUACUACAUGGUUGGGAAGCCAUUAUAUACAAUCAGUAUGAAGUGCUUGUUGUGAACUGUAUAUCUGAGCACGAGCAAGAUAAAAUAGAUUUAGUGCGAGGCGGAGAAGAUAGUAUUCUUGGUGGUGCACUAUGUUCAGGAACUCCAGUUUUAUUUACUAAGAAUUUCGGAUUAGUUUCCGUCAUACCGUCGGAUUUUAUAUCGCAAGAUUUUAAUAUGAGUUAUACAGACAAUGUUAAUACAAGUGUGGAUUAUAAUUAUCGACCUAGUUCAGCUGCACAAAAUUUUAACAGUCUUAUCAGUAAUGAAGAAAUUCAAGAUAUGUAUUACAGUUCUGAUUGUGCUACACAAUUGCGUGCUGCCUUUCUCCUUAGUUUACGGCAAAGUGAGGCUCAGUGUGAAGAUAUUUUAUUACAACUCUUUCCUUUGCAAGAAGAACCAGUAAUGGAUAUAGAUGCUAAUCUCGACACACUGAUUUUAAAAGUUGCUAGAGACCUGAUAGAUGAUUAUCCAGCAAAUGAUCCACGUUGGUCAAAUCACAGAGAUUUGUCUAUGACGAUAAAUGCAGUCACUUCUAUGCAAAUACCUAAUCAACUAGAAGGGAAACAGAAAGCCAUAGAUUUAUUUACAACAUUUCUAAAAGAACAUGAUCUAUGGAACAGAUUCUGUGCUGUUACAUAUAGAGGACUAAUUAUGUCUACACCACACGUUCUUGCAGAAUAUGCAGAAAAGAUAGUUGCAGCACUAACUAUAUAUAAUCUCCAGAACAAGUAUACUGAUAUUAUAGAUACUAUAAUAGAACAAACUUUAAGCCCUGAAGCUUACAUAUCUGACGAAUUAACAGCGCGUGAUAUAUUUUAUCGUCAAGUCAGUACUGUACAUCGUUUUCUCCCUACUUUAGUAAACAAUGCAUCAGAAGUAACUCAAUCCGAAAGACCCAUCCAACAAGUAGCACAUUAUAUUAUGCAAGUAAACGCUAUAUUAUUAGGUAUACUACAUGAAGUGGUGAAAUACCGGCAACAUAAUGCUGAACGAUUUAUUCCUACGAGAUGUUCGAACGGAAUAACCGAGUAUCUUCCGUGGACAGCUGCAGUUGGAAAACAUGGAUUAAGAAAUUGUCUCAACACAAUGUAUAAUGUAACUCUCAAGCAUGGCAUAACUGGAAGUAACGAUUCAACAGUGAGAAAUGAAUUAUAUGAACAAUUAGUAAGUUAUAUAGACUUAAUAUUAGAUGGCCGAAAAUGUCAUUUAGAAAGUGUUAAGGGUACAGAAAAGUUUGAAAUACUUUUGAAGCAAUACGAAACAGAUCGAAUGAAUCUAAUUCAACCUCUAAUAAAAGAAGAACAAUACGAUAGUGCUGCAAUGUUAGCUGAAAAGUAUUGCGAUUUUGCGUCCCUGAUACAGAUAUGCGAAUUAACUAACAAUAAAAGCCAACUGGAUGGAUAUAUGAAAAAAUUUGCAGCUCAAGAUUUCGUAGGAUUUUUAUUCUCAUGGUACGUGAAAGAUGGUCGCCAGGGUCAGUUAGUAGAGAAAUGUAGACGCGGAGGUACCAUUGAAUUGUCAGAAAAGUUGGCAAAACAUCCAACUCUAUCAUGGGUACAAUCUGCUCUCACGGACGAGUUACGCUUUGCUGCUAAUACGCUUUAUUCUUUAGCAAUUCAAGAAAGUGAAUUAGUGACACGUAAGAAGUCCAUACUUUCUUUAGCAAAAUUGGCCCUUCUUGCUUCCGAUGAUUUAGAAGAAGAAGUGAAAGAUUGUGUAAAAAGAAUCAAUAAUGAAUUGGCGCUAGUAGCUUAUCAAGAAGAAUUACCAACUCAAGUACUUACUACAUAUGGUUAUGAUGUAGAAAAAUUACAAGUAUUUACACCAACUGAAUUAAUUACGUUGUACACAUCUGAGGAUAAUAUUGAUGCAAAUGAGUAUGACUUCAAGAAAGCUCUUGAUUUGCUUGAGUAUGUGGAGCAAGAAGAUGAAAAAGUGUCAUUGAAAUUGCAAAUUUGGGCACGAGCUGCUAAACGGGAUCAGUGGGAUACCCUAGGAAAGAAUCCUGAACAACAAGUACAAGAAACAAUAUUUUUCAAAUUAAUGGACCUUGCACAUUUUACUGGUGAUCAAGUAAACGAAUUUCUUCCGCCAGUUGAUAUGCUUUUGGUAGAACCUGAAUUGGGAGAUCUUGCUGCAUCAAGCAACUUUCAAUUCCUCAUCAAAUUUGUGUAUGAGUAUGCAUAUAGCAAUUAUUAAUCUACCUGAACAAUUGUAAGUAAAAACAAAAUUUGUAUUUUUCUAAGUAAUAAAUAAAUUUCUACGCAAUAUAAUAAUAUAAA